ACGCCACUGAUGUGAUUUAUUAGUUUUUCCGCAACAGCUUCAUUGCCUUGUCUUUGUUAAAUUGGUACAUUACCAUUUGAAGCUACUGUAUGUUUUAUACACUGCGAAAAUAGUAUGUAUUUCACCAAUAUUUCAGAAUACUUCGCAUGUGUAACAGUAGGAUGUACGGUUGAAAACUAUUACCAUAUAACAUUUUCCCAAAAUACGAGCCAUCAUUAAUCUGGCGUCCUCCAUUCUUUCCGACUACAAAGCAGUACCUGAACACAACCAGCUCGGAAUCGUGGGAAUUACCAACUUUCCGUGAGCACGAGAAGGCAGCGUGAGUUUCCUCAUUGUGAACCUUUUCCCAGUGGUAAACACGAUAUUCAAAGGUGAAUAAUGUUAUGGUGUUAUGAUGUUAUGUUAUGAACACAACAUUAUAACUAUUUUAGUAACAUUAGAAGUUCCUUAAGGUGAGAAAUAUGAUCAAUCCGAGAAGUCUAAAAAUAUUGAACUGUUCCCUAUUCGUUCCGAGGUUUUGGUUUCCAGACGGAACAAAUACAGACGGACGGGACUUCUAUGGGUGUUUUAAACAACACCGUGUUGCAGAUUACGAAAGCUUGACAGACAGUACCAGUCUCUAACAAGCGUUGUUUGUGUGACAUUAGUGCGAUGUGAAUGGCUUUUAUCGCACCCCACUUUACACGGAUUUACAUUUUCUACUCUGGGGCUACUUUCCGAUCUCUUUCACAUGCAGGUAUGGGCGACAUGGGCAUAAGCAUGAGUCGCUCUUCUCUUGAGAGGCUUCAGUUUGAUAAUGUUGCCCUUAGAAAGCUUCCGCUGGAUCUGUCCACCGAACCCGGCGUGCGACAGGUACGGAGUGCCUGCUUCUCAAAAGUUCAACCCACACCUGUAAAGAACCCGAGGUUUGUGGCAGUCUCGGGUUCAGCUCUCGCCCUUCUGGGUCUUGAUGCUGAUGACGUCUUGAAGGAUCCACUGGGUCCAGAAUAUCUGAGUGGGUCAAAAGUCAUGCCGGGGUCAGAGCCGGCUGCCCAUUGCUACUGUGGGCACCAGUUUGGGCAGUUUGCAGGACAGCUUGGUGAUGGAGCUGCAUGUUAUCUGGGAGAAGUGAAAGCUCCAUCGGAUCAGAACCCUGAACUACUACAUGAGAAUCCUACUAGACGCUGGGAGAUCCAAGUAAAGGGUGCCGGGCUGACACCAUUCUCAAGACAAGCAGAUGGACGGAAGGUUCUGCGUUCCAGUAUCCGGGAAUUCCUUUGCAGUGAAGCAGUUUUUGCUUUAGGAGUGCCCACCACAAGAGCUGGAUCAGUGGUGACUUCAGAUUCACGGGUCAUGAGAGAUAUCGCCUACGACGGGAAUCCGCGUAUGGAAAGAUGCUCUAUAGUAUUGCGCAUUUCUCCCAGCUUUAUCAGGUUUGGAUCAUUUGAGAUCUUUAAAAGAGCUGAUGAGGUCACCGGACGUCAAGGUCCCAGCUAUGGUCAGGAUGAGAUUAGAACCCAAAUGCUGGAUUAUGUCAUCGAGACCUUCUACCCAGAGAUUCAUCAAAGUCACUCAGACAUCAUGGAGAGAAACACUGCCUUUUUCAGAGAGGUGACUCUACGUACAGCACGGCUGGUGGCUCAGUGGCAGUGUGUCGGGUUCUGUCAUGGAGUCCUGAACACAGAUAACAUGAGCAUUCUUGGUCUUACUUUAGACUAUGGACCUUUUGGUUUCAUGGACAGGUUUGACCCAGAUUUCAUCUGUAAUGCCUCAGAUAACUCAGGCCGGUACUCUUACCAGGCCCAGCCAUCCAUCUGCCACUGGAAUUUAGUUCGGUUAGCCGAAGCCCUGGCCCCCGAUUUACCUCCAGAGCAGGCCAAGCAGGUGCUGGAUGAGUACCUUCCUCUCUAUAAUGCAUUUUAUCUAACCAACAUGAGGAAGAAACUGGGUCUGUUGAGGAAGAAGGAACCAGAGGAUGAGACGCUCAUCACAGAAUUUAUGCAGACCAUGCAUAACAAUGGUGCGGAUUUCACCAACACAUUCCGCAGUUUGAGUCAAAUUUCCUGCCCAAUUCAGGAGGAAGGAGAGGAGGACGAAUGUGAGGCUAAUAAACAAGCCACGGAGCUGCUCUUGCAGCAAUGUGCCUCUCUAGAGGAGCUCAAGGGCGCUAACAGACCCACUAUGGAUCAACGUGAACUUUCAAUGCUGCUGUCGUUGGCUCAGAGUAACCCUGCACUGUUCCAGAUGGUGUCAAACAGGAGGACACUGGUGCAACAGCUGGAAAAACUUUCAAGAAUGAAGGAGCUAAUGGAGACCAAUGAAGAACAGCUAAGGGCCAAGCAGGCUGAAGACUGGACCUGCUGGAUCAAAAAAUACAGACAGCGGCUGGCCCGUGAGUGUGAGCCAGGGGUUGAUGUAAAAGCCGUGCAGGAGGAAAGAGUCUGCGUGAUGAACAACACCAAUCCACACGUGGUACUUAGAAACUACAUUGCCCAGAAUGCAAUAGAGGCAGCCGAAAAUGGUGACUUCUCAGAGGUCCAGCGAGUUCUGAAGGUGUUGGAAAAGCCGUUCUCUGUACAGGAAGGCCUUGAACAGCCAAACUGGGUGGGAAGAGGAGCUGUGGACAAUCCAGGAGAGAGAGAUGAGACUGGAGAGGAAGGGAACACUUCAGGAUCAGCUGGAGCUGAGCCUCGAGUACUAGUCCCCUAUGACAGCAAGCCCCCUGUUUGGGCCAAUGAGAUCUGUGUCACCUGAUCAUCAUAAAACCUUCAUGACAACUAACCUCCUCAUAUACGCAGAGUAAUCCUGCAAAAUCUAAUUAGGGGUCAUUGAAGGUAUUAAAAAGAGGUAUUAAACUCCUGUCCAACAGUUCAAAACAUGCAUAAAGAUAAUAUGUAGAGGCUAGUUGUUAUACUCAGAAUUUACUGUUUAUCUCUCUGUAUGUUUGACUGGUUAUGCAUGAUGACUUUGACCACCAGUCUAACAUUGACAGGUCUCAGUCUGAACAAUAGAAGUUAUGCCUCAAUAUUAUAAUGAAUAUGAUGUUCGCAAUUAAACGCACAAGCCGUUGCGCAAUAACGCUCCAAAGCUUCAACGCACAAAAAGACAUUUAUUUGAUAGAGAUCUGUCUAUCUUAAAUCAUGUAUUUAGUAUGUAUCACUGAUUGAGUAUCUAAAACUGCCUGUAUUGUAUAGUUUAGUACUCAACUAUAGGCUUCUGUCUAAAAGCUGUUUUUCUCUCGUACUUUAUAAUCCUAAACUAGUCAUCUCUAAAUUCUUUUGAAGGUGUCUUCACGGUGUCUACAUCUUUAUUAAACGUUUAUUUUGGUUUAAUGAAGGAAGUGUUUUAAUAUCCUGUUCAAUUGUGUUCAGAUUAUGUCCAUCUAUACAUAAAGAUGCAUUUUAAGUUUUUAUGAUCUGCCCUAAAUAUUUCAAAAAUAAAAUAAAUAUCUCACA